AUGUUCUUGUUACGUGUUGUAUGCUUGCCCGAUUUAUUUCUUUUUAUUUCUCUUGUUCUGUGGCGUUUCAAACAACAUUUUUCUUUUUAUUUCAUUUCUGUCUUCUAUAUUCCUUGCGAGAUAGGGAAAUGCUUCAUUCUUUUUGAAAAGUUAUUUAAGUUCUCUCUCUCUCUCUCUCUCUCUCUCUCUCUCUCUCUCUCUCUCUCUCGUCCUAAAUAUCGUCGACUUGUGACAUGCCAUGUAAGCGGCAAUCUUCACGUAGCUCUAGCUUCCAUCGUUGUGGACUGUCUCCUUGAGAGCGGCAACGAACUCGUCGGUCCUAACGGCCGAAGAACGAACACUGUGGGCCGUUCGUUUGGCAGUAAACUCGUCCUUGUUCUCACACGCCUUCCACUUCCUCCAAAUGUCCAUGACCAUGGUCCUCUUGAACCCAAACCAGGGCAUCACUUCCGCUGUCUUCUUCCCGACGCGAAAAGAAGCUACUACCACUGCUCUGCGCUCAUAUUCCAUCCUGAAAAAGGGUAG